AUGAACAGACAAAAAAUGAACAUACCGUUAUUUCAAAGCGUGUGCACAGUGCUCAUUCGGCGAGAUGCUUCUAUUGAGAAAGUAUACGCCGCAAUGAGAGCGCAAGAGAGGUUUGAUUUGCAAGAUGCGCACAAAAAUGACAAUCGAAAUCGUGAGCAAUCGGAUGGAUUUGUUGUGACAAAGUUAAGCUUAUUUAUAACUGUGACGAUAUUCCUGUUUCUGUUGUGUGCCGCCGUGUUGAUCACCUAUAAUUUUGCGAUAAAUAAUAGUCAAUCGACUGAUGACAUAAAGAAAGCGGUACGAUUCGAAGAGGAUUUACAUCGAAGCAAUCGAACCAAUGUACGACUGCCCAAUACAAUGCAUCCACUUGCCUAUGAGCUGAAAUUGAUACCAUUUCUGUUUGAGGGUAAUUUCACAUUCAGCGGCAAUGUACGAAUCAAAGUGAAUGUGACCAAGAGUUGCCGGAACAUUACACUACAUGCGAUAGCCCUGAAAAUGAUCGAAGUUAACGUGUGGAAAAUUGGGAAUACAACGCAAACGGACGAUAAUAGUCGAACAGUGGUAGAAGUGUCGGACAAGUAUGCCAUCGAACCGGAUCAAUUUUUUGUCAUCGUAUUUCCAAAUGAACUCGAACCGAAUACCAUCUACGAAAUUAAUAUCAAAUACAUGGGCGUCUUGAAUGACAUGCUACAAGGAUUCUAUCGCAGCUCCUAUGUUGUCAAUAAUGUGACACGAUGGUUAGCUACGACGCAAUUCCAACCGACUGAUGCCAGACGCGCUCUACCUUGCUUUGAUGAACCUGCGUACAAGGCUAAGUUUAAGAUAUGGAUUGCCAGACAACAUAAUAUGACCGCAUUGUCAAAUAUGCCAAAAGUUGGCACUCCUACCGAAUGCGUUGAAAUGGACAGUUAUGUGUGGGAUGAAUUCGAGGAAUCGGUUCCAAUGUCGACAUAUUUAUUGGCAUUUGUCAUUUCGGAUUUCAAGAAUAUAACCGAUGGCAAGUUUAGUGUGUGGGCACGUGAAGAAGCCAUUGAAUCAGCCCGUUAUGCACUGGAAGUUGGCCCAAAAAUUCUGUCAUUCUUUGAAGAGUAUUUUGUCAUAAAGUAUCCACUACCAAAGAUUGAUAUGAUUGCAUUGCCAGAUUUCGGUGCUGGAGCUAUGGAAAAUUGGGGUUUGGUAACAUUCAGAGAAGUGACAAUGUUGCAUGAUGAAAAAGUAUCUGCACCCUUGAAUAAACAACGCGUUGCGACAAUUAUCGCCCAUGAAUUGGUACAUCAAUGGUUUGGUAACCUUGUGACACCCAGCUGGUGGUCGGACUUGUGGUUGAAUGAAGGAUUUGCCUCAUAUAUGGAGUAUGUCGGUGCGAAUAUGAUAAACCCAUCGUGGAAAGCAAUGGAUCAAUUUUUAUCUAAUGAAGUUCAACCGGUAUUCAUCUUGGACUCAUUGGCGUCAUCACAUGAGAUAUCGGUGCAUGUUCACGAUCCAGACAGUAUCAAUGAAAUUUUCGAUCGAAUUUCAUACGGCAAAGGAGCGGCAAUAAUUCGUAUGAUGGAACAUUUUCUUACCACCAGAGUUUUUCGUGACGGUUUGCACUCGUAUCUCACUUCUAAAGCUUAUCAAGUGGCUACCCAAAACGAUUUGUGGGAGCAUUUAACAAAAAGUGCGCAGGAAAGUCACACAUUCGACAAUCUAACAAAUGUAAAGGAGGUCAUGGAUGCAUGGACGACCAAAAUGGGCUUUCCCGUCGUAAAUGUAACGCGCAAUUAUACCACGAAAGAAAUUGAAUUUGCUCAAAGUCGCUUCACAUUCAUCGCUCCAAAUCAGUGGAAAUCACUCGAAAUCAAAUAUGAUGAAGCUUUAUGGUGGAUUCCCUUGAGUUAUACUACGUCGAAGGAGGCGGAUUUUGAAAAUACCAAACCGAAAGAAUGGAUUCGUGGUACGCAGAGAUUUAGCAAAGAGUUCGAAAACAUCACCAAUGAUGAUUGGAUCAUUGUGAAUUUACAAGGAACAGGCUACUAUCGUGUAAAUUAUGAUGUUGCCAAUUGGGAACUUUUGGCCAAUUACCUACGAAACCCUGAAAAUUAUUCGAAAAUUGCGUCAACCAACCGAGCACAAAUCAUUGAUGACGCUCUCACAUUGGCACGUGCUAGCAAAUUGGACUAUCGAAUUGCAUUGAAUUUGACACAGUACUUAAUGAAUGAAAGUGAAUAUGUUCCUUGGCGAUCAGCGUUGGGUGCAUUGAGCUUCAUUGACAGCAUGAUGUCGUCAGGAUCGGAGUAUUAUUUGUUCAAGGAUUACAUGUUUAGUUUGAUCAAAAAUAUUUAUGCAAAUGUCACCAAAAGCCCAGACGGUGACGAUCCAUUGCAUGCAUACAAGCGCAUCGAUAUCACUCAGUUUGCCUGUCGAUUGGGCUAUCAGGAUUGUGUGGAUCGAAGCAUAAGCAUGUUCCAGGCAUGGAUGAAUGCUACCAAUCCAGACCUAAUGAACAACAUUCCACCGAAUGAGCGUUCCGUGGUGUAUUGCACAGCAAUCAAGUAUGGCACAGAUAAAGUAUGGGAAUUUGCCUGGAAUCGAUACAUCAACGCCAAAGUGUCGAGCGAAAAGGAAUUACUGUUGGAUGCGAUGGCAUGUAGUCGUGAACCUUGGAUUUUGGCCCGUUAUCUUGAGCGAUCGGCAACAGAGAAUUCCGGCAUUCGCAAGCAAGAUCUGAUUCGAGUGUUUGUUACGGUUUCGAAUCAUGCUAAUGGGAUUCCGGUUACGUGCAACUUUAUCCGAACGCAUUGGGAUCGCUUGAAAACUUACAUGGGCCCACCACCAAUGAACAUGUAUGUGAUCCUUACAUAUGUUUUCAAAAACGCCAACUCACAAUAUGAAUUAAAUAUGUUUCAAGAAUUUAUCAAGGAGAAUAUUUCGGAAAAGAGUCGCAUUUUGACUCAAGCUGUUGAAGGUAUCAAGACCAAUAUCAAUUGGAUGGAUCAAAACUAUGUCACAAUCGUUGAUUGGCUAAGAAAUGUGACCAAGUCCUAAUAUAUUUGUUUAGUUUUUAUGUUGUAAGCGAGGUUGGUGUAACCAACCAAAAAGACUGGUACUAUAUUUGGUUUUGUCAAUUAUGCAUUUUAGCAGGAGCUGCAAGCAUUUUUUUUCUCUCUGUUUUCUUUAGAAAGAUAAUUUAGCCGAUUCGAUAUAUUAAUAAUUGUACUUAAAUGAAACUUAAAUUAGCUUGCAUUGCGAUCCUGUUUUUGCAUUUCAUUCAUUUCGUUUGCUUGUUUGUUUUUUUUUAAAUUGAAAUAUGCGAUUCGAAUCGGUUUGACUUAAAGUCCGUUUUAACAGUUUCAUAACUUUAAUUGUAAAUAUCAUGUCCAAUGUCCAUGUGCUUUUAUGUUCUGUGUGCAUAAAAUCGCAUCUUUUUAAAUGUCAUUCGAAUUUCUAAGUUAGAACAAACAGUCAAUUGUCCCAAAGGUUCAAUCGAAAUCUCGAGCAAAUGUCUAAUUCGAUCAAUUUUUUGAAAAGUCGUUGGUUUUGUAUAGAAGCACAUAGGUCAUAGUUCACUUAAUAUUUCCUAAUCACAGUGUAAAUUUUAAUUUUUCCAAUUGUAAUUUAUUUCAUGCAAGCAACUCAAGUAAGAAUUAUUUUGAUUAGAAUUUUAUUCAAUAAAUUCUAAAUGAAACCACCA